UGCAACUAUUUACCAGUGAUUACAGUACAUUUCUGUGACAUUAGGUGUGUACGAUGUGGUGGCUACUGGCCGCUCUAGCAACCAGUACUUUAGGUUACUGGUUGCUAGUGCGCCCCUACAAAUAUUGGGUAAAAAAGGGGGUGCAGCAAGGAAAUCCAAAAUUAAUUUUCGGGGUUUUUUGGGGAGUGCUUCUGAGAAAACAGUCUUUUGCAGAAAUGGUUGAAAUGGUUUACAACAUGUGUCCAAAUACCAGGUACACAGGCUUCUACCAGUUUUUUCUGCCAACCCUUCUACUAAGAGACCCUGAUCUCAUCAAACAAAUCACCGUGAAGGACUUCGACCACUUUGUAGACCACCGAACUUUUUUUCCAGAAGACAGCGACCCUCUUUGGGUUAAAAAUCUUUCCGCUUUAACUGGAAACAAGUGGCGCGAAAUGCGAACAAAACUCAGUCCAGCUUUUACCAGCAGUAAAAUGAAAUCCAUGUUCUCUUUAAUCUCGCAAAAUGGUGAACGAUUCGUAAAGUACUUUUUGGACAAAGACUCAAAACUCAUUACUCUUGAAAUGAAAAAUAUCUUCACUAGAUUCACUAAUGAUGUAAUCGCCAACACUGCUUUUGGAGUGGAAUGUGAUUCUUUGAGUGACAGGAAGAACGAGUUUUAUAUGAUGGGGAAAGCAGCCACAGAUUUUAGUGGCUUUUGGAUGAAUGUCAAGUUAUUUGUAUGCAUAUUAGUGCCUAAAUUACUUCAACUGUUUAAGAUAACACUAUUUUCCAGAGAAGUGGGCGACUUUUUCACUAAUCUAGUGACGAGUAAUAUUCAAACUCGCGAAAAACAUGGAAUAGUCAGACCUGACAUGAUCCAUCUUCUUCUAGAAGCUCGAAAAAACGGGCUCAAACAUGAAGACACGGAAACCGUUCAAGACACAGGUUUUGCUACAGUUGCAGAAUCUGAAAUCACCAAAAACCCCAAAAUCAAGAAGACGGAAAUUACAGAUCAAGACAUCAUUUCACAAGCUUUAAUUUUCUUCUUCGCGGGUUUUGACACAGUGUCAACACUUAUGUCUUUCAUGUCUUACGAACUUGCUGUUAAUCCAGCCAUUCAAAACAGACUUAUUGACGAAGUUGACGAAACUCUGGAAACUUGUAAGGGUAAACUUACCUACGAGGCUUUACUUGGUAUGAAAUAUAUGGACAUGGUUGUCUCUGAAACUUUAAGAAAGUGGCCCAAUUCUAUCGCUGUUGAUAGAAUUUGCACCAAACCGUACACCAUAGAAUCUAAAUAUCCCAAUGAGAAACCCAUUCACUUGGAAAAAAAUGACGUUGUGUGGUUACCAAUUUUUGGUCUUCAUCGAGAUCCUCAAUACUACCCAGAACCAGAACGGUUUGAUCCUGAAAGGUUUAACGAUGACAACAAGGUUAACAUAAACCCAUACACGUUUUUACCUUUUGGGUCUGGACCUAGAAACUGUAUUGGUUCCAGAUUUGCUCUCUUGGAAACUAAAAUAUUAUUCUUUUAUAUGUUGUCACAUUUCGGGAUAGUUCCUGUGGAAAAGACUCAGAUGCCUUUAGUGUUAAGCAAGAAACAAUUUAGUUUGACUGCGGAAAAAGGAUUUUGGUUAGGACUUAAACGCCGGGAUAUACUUUAAGUCUU